UAUAGGUACUGACCGGUAACUUGUUGUCUCGCCUCAUUCCCGGGCCGACCGAAAGGAACACCGCCCACUGGCAAGCUUUGGAUGCUCAUGGCCCAAGGGACUGCAGAUGUCGCUCUGCGCGGGCUGCGUUAAUAACGCUUUCAAAGCAGGAAACAGUUCAUUCACAACGCUGCAAUAAUGAAAGAAAUGAAAUACCCUGAAGAACAUGCAUGUUGCUCCACGGAUCCAAAUUUGGUCAAUUGGUUUACACUUCAUUCUGCCGCUUGGCGGGCGUCGUGGUGGGGGUGCAUGGCAAAAUCGUUCUCUCCAGCUAUGCCAGCUGAGCGCCGACAACGCAGAAGAUCACCAGAGCUCGCGGUCCCGAUUGACGUUAACCCGAACCCGUUAAAGCGCAAGCGUGUCGAGGAAGCACCUGGCGCCAAUAGAACUAGCGAGCCAGAAUAUACAUCCAAGGUCAAUUUUACCUCAAUACCGAUUGAGAUGCUCAAUAUCUACACCCACAAGUACGAUUUGGUGCCACCAAUCUACCCGUCUCCUGCCUCUGCAUUCGACCCGCCUCCUCCAGCCCACCUCAUUAACCCCCCUGCACACUUGCGCCGCUCUAUCUCUCCUUCCCUCUCCAUUGGGGGUGUCAUGUCGGCUAACAGACCGCGUCGCGACCCCUCGAAAGCAAAAGGGGACCAAUCACGCCGUCGGAGCUCUCGACUCCUAGAAGAAGAAUUGGGAUGGCGAGAUAGACGGAGCCCUAUUCUAGCUGACAUCGACGAAGCUCAUGCAGCCAUUGCAGCCAUCGUACAACGACAUUACGACCAACAGGUCAUCCGCGAGUCCGAUGCCAUCACUCAGUUCGUUCAUGCUGUGAGGGUGAAAGACCGAACGCUGAAGGUGUUGCCAAUGCCACCAUAUUGACGACCGUUGAUUGGAUUUGCGUGCGAUCAUCACAGC